CACUGCUGUGAAUCCCCUUUAUCAGAACAAACACUGCAGGCAAGUCGCAGUGAGAAGUGUGCCGCCGUGGUUCCAAUUUCUUCCACCGCUUAAAGGCAAAGUCGCUGUCUGGUGCUUCACUUUGAAGAAAGCUUGAAGCAAGACCGGUGACGCUACGUCGUACCAUUCUUCUUCGACUGAGUUCAAUUUAAUUAGUAAUUCACACCACACGAGAUAAUUGAUUCAGUUUCUAUCUGAAAGGCAGGCCACUCAAAAUGCUCUUCUAAUCCCAGUUUUAGGGAGCUAGCGAGGCGGGACUAAUGAUGGCUGGCGAGGAGAGGAAUCUCAUCGAGAUUUUAGAAGAGAAUCACCCUAUAGACUUCAACAAAUAUGUCAGUUACGUUCAGUCCCCACAGUGUGGUGCUAUAGCCACUUUUGCUGGCACAACUCGGGAUACAUUUGAUGGCAAACAAGUACUAGAGCUUAGAUACGAGGCAUACACUCCAAUGGCAAUACGGUGUAUCCAGUCUAUGUGCUCCUCUGCUCGAUCAACCUGGAAUCUCCACGCAAUUGCCAUUGCCCACUGCCUGGGGCCCGUUGCAGUCGGGGAGACCAGCGUAUAUGUUGCAACAUCAGCUGUUCACCGAGCAGAUGCGUUGGAUGCGUGCAAAUUCCUGAUUGAUGAGAUCAAAGCUUCGGUUCCCAUUUGGAAGAAGGAAGUGUAUACUAAUGGAGAGGUCUGGAAAGAAAACAAAGAGUUCCUGGAGAGAAUGCUGGAUGCUGAGAAUUUGACAGAAUCACAGGGCAUUAAAGUUGAGGCUCAUGAUAAAAAGGGGUGUUGCUGUGGGACAAAGGUUAGAAUUGAUGAUAAAACUGCUGAUUCCUUCUAGGUGACCCCUACCCAUCAUAUUUAAAAAGAAUAAAGAUAAUAGUUUCUACAAUUUCCUUUUAUUCUGUUGCAGACUUGCAGGCAUGUAAAAAAAAAAAAAAAAAAAAAAAAAAAAAAAAUUAGUACUGUUCUAUUAAAUAAAAUAAAAAAUAAACUAUUUUUACUCCUUAUACGCCAGCCUCACCAUACAUAGCGAGAUCUGUUUGGUCUUGUGUGAAACUGUCUCAUAUGAGUUUUUGUGUAGCAAGAUAUAGGAUUGACAAAUGUAUUGAUGGUCAUCCAUUCAUGUCCAGAUUUGUUGUCUUAUGUAGAAC